GGCCUCCGCGUCCCUCCGCUCGCCGCGCUCCCCCCCCACCCCGGCCGUCUCCGAGCCCGUCCCGCCGCCGAGCCGCCCCGACAUCGGUAGGUGCCGCGCGCGGCGCCCGCCCGCGACUCCCCGCGCCCGUGCCCGCGACUGCCCGCGCCGCCGUCCCCCCCCCCCCCCCCAGCCAUGGCAUCGCCGCCAACAGGUAGCAGAAAGCGGAAAGUGGCCGAGGCGAUCGCUGCCCGCCGGGCCGCCCUGGACUGGGCGCCGGCGCAGGGCGCGGGGCCGCUGGUGCCCUGGAAGCCGCGGCCGCCCGCGCCCAGCCGCUCGCUCGUGCGCUACCUGCUGGCCCGCGAGGUGGGCGUGCGGGCUCUGCCCGGCCGCCGCGCCGCAGAGAGCGAGCUCGGGGGCUACGCGGUGCACAAGCUGCCCGAACUGCUGACCGAGCGCGAGCUGGCCCUGGGCACCCUCAACAAGGUGUUCGCGUCGCAGUGGCUGAACGCCAGGCAGGUGGUGUGCGGCACCAAGUGCAACACGCUCUUCGUGCUGGACGUGCAGUCCGGCCAGAUCUCGCGCAUCCCGCUCCUGCGCGACCGGCUGCCCGGGCUGCCCCGCGCCCAGCCGCUGUGCGGCAUCCACGCCAUCGAGCUGAAUCCGUCCAAGACGCUGCUGGCCACCGGGGGCGAGAACCCCAACAGCCUGGCCAUCUACCAGUUACCCGACCUGGACCCGGUGUGUCUGGGUGACCGCCUGGGCCACCGGGACUGGAUCUUCACCAUCGCCUGGAUAAGCGAUCAGACGGUGGCGAGCGGCUCCCGCGACGGCAGCGUGGCUCUGUGGCAGGUAGACACUGACCUGAUCAACAGUCGGGCCAGCGACGCUUCGGGGCUGCCCGUGUACGCCCACAUCCGUCCCCGGGACAUAGAGACCAUUCCCAGGUCGCCCACCAACCCCUGCAACCGGAAGGUGCGGGCCCUGGCUUUCAGCGCCAGGAAUCAGGAGCUGGGCGCCGUGUCCCUCGACGGCUACUUCCACCUGUGGAAAGUCCAGAACAACCUGUCCAGGAUGCUGUCCUUCAGGCUGCCCUACUGCCGGGAGAACGUGUGUCUGGCCUACUGCGACGAGCCGUCCCUGUUCGUGGUGGGCUCGCAGUCCCACAUCUCCUUCCUAGAUCUGCGCCAGGGUCAGCAGAACAUCUGGCCCCUGUGCCCCCGAGAGGGAGGUACAGGCGUGCGUUCGCUGAGUUUCUACCAUCACCUGGUCACCGUGGGCACCGGCCACGGAUCCUUGCUCUUCUAUGAUGUCCGUGCACAGAAGUUCUUGGAGGAGAGAGCCUCGUCCAGCCAGGACUGCUGUCCCGGACCCUUUCGCAAGAAGCUCAGGCUCACCUGUGGCAAAGGCUGGCUCAACUACAAUAACCUGUGGGUGAACUACUUUGGCGGAGCUGGCGAGCUCCCCAAUGCUCUCUACACCCACUGCUACAACUGGGCAGAGAUGAAGCUUUUCACGGCCGGGGGGCCUCUCCCGUCAGGCCUCCACGGGAACUAUGCGGGGCUCUGGAGCUAAGGAAUGCGGCCCGGCCCUGUGUGCUCCCAGUGUCCAGAUCUACUUUGAUUGAUGUACCUUGCGAACUCCUCAUUUUCCUUCUUCCUUCUGUAUUUGUGAUUUUAUCGCUGCGUGGCUUUUGCCUCCCAGUGGAAUGCACCCAUCUUAACCUCUAUAGGCAGAGAGAGAGGGAAGAAGGAAGGGAGGGAGAGAGAAAUAGAGAGAGGCACAGAGACAGAGACAGAGAAAGAGAGAAACAGACAGAGACAGAGAGACAGAGAGAAAGGAGAGGAGAGAAGAAGAGAGAUUGGGACUGAGACUGCGGGCAGUCAAAACCUUGGCUUUAAUACUUUCCUACACCUUUCUGAAAGAUCAUGCUUUUGAAUUUGUAUACAGAUAAGGAUUGAGUAAUUCAUAUUUUGUGUUCUCUCUGAGUCACUUUCAUAUUCUAUGUCUAAUGCUAUAUACUAGUAUAUACACACUUAUGAACAUUUUCUUUUGUUUUUAUUCCUGUAUGAAAAUGGUACUGAUUUUUUUUAAGUUACUUUGUUACUGCAAAUGCCUGGUUUCUUCAGAGUUUUUAGUAGCAGUGUUUACAUUAUCUGUUCUGGUGAAAGAACCGUAGAUUUAUAGCACUGUUCCACUUGAAAAAUACAAGUUCUUAGAUUACCAUCUUCGGGAAACAUUCCAUUUCAAAAUGUAAUCUUAGUCUUUAUAGUUUUUUUUGUUUGUUUUGUUUUGCUUGUAGUUUUAAAAGUUGUUGGUGCUAAAUCUAUUUUUAAAAGUUUAUUCUUUUGGCAAAAGAGUUCCUAUGGAGUCUUGGUAUACCAAAACUUAAAUUUGGUAGAACACCUUAGGAAUAUAUUGAUUCUGCUGAUUAUAUGUUCUGAAUUAAUCUGAGAAUUUAAUCAAUCUUUUUUGUUUUCAACCAGUAUUUAGGUUUUUGUGACCUUUUGCUAAAAAGAUUCUGAUGGCUAAAAAGAAUGUGAUUUUUUUGUGUUGUUAUAAAAAUGUGAUUUUUUUCACUUUGUGCCUUAAGUAUACUAUCAAGACUUGUUUGAGCAUUUCUGUUUAAGCAACCUGCACACUUUGACUUUCAUUAUUCAAGGUAGGGGUUCUUAAGUGUAAAUGUAGAAUAAUGUAAGGCAGGCUGGACAGAAUGUGUAUUGAUCCAGAAUAUAGACUAUUUUUGUUAUUGCUGUUUUUUAUUACCAAAUAUUUUGCACAUUUAAAAUGUCCAGUUCUGCUUAACUAGAUCACAGGGGAAAAAAGCUGCAAAGAAAAUUGAGCCCAGUCUAGAUUUCAUCUGAGGAAUUGUAAACUUAUUAAUUCAAAAUUAGUAAGACUUUAUUGCUAAAUUUCAGAGAUUCUGAAUAAAAAUAUACUGUUCAAAUUAGUGAUGUAAUGACUUUCACUGUAAUACAGUAUAAUGUAUAGUUAUCAAGGGCAUAGGGAAUUUGGUUUAAGUAGAUGAACUGGAAAUCAAUAGUAUACGGGAUUAAAUAAAAUAAUUUGCAACUCAGAUAAGUGCAAAUUGUGGAUUGUUUAAAAACUAGGCUGUGCUUCUCUGUAUGUGCAAAUAUUAGAAGUGAUAAAGGGAGUUUUACCCUUUUCCAAAGCUGGCCAGCUUGGUCUGACCUUGUGCUGACCCAUGGUAUUGUGGCAUGCCUGUUUUUUCUUAAAUACUUUGGCACUUAGAUGUUCCCUUAGUGUCCAUGCACUACAUGCUAUUCAGUUAAAAAUAUAAAGCAUGUAAUAUAAUAUGUGACACGAAAAUUGACUUAAGAAAUAAAUCAAACUUUUGUUUACAUAGUUGUUUUAACAGUUUAGAUAGUUGUUCUUAUAUACCAUUAUAAUUCAUUUCUGCGUAUGUACUAACCUUCAGCUCAGUUGUAAAUGCAUUGAGAGCAAAGAAAAUAACCAUCAUCAUUAUAUUCUCUUUGCAAAGAAUAUAACUGUCAUCUUUAUAUUCUCUUGUUUUUCCAGGUAUGCCUAGCAAAUCUUAGGCAAUCAGUAAAUAUUUAUGGAGUGAAUGUAUUUGCCUCUGUAGACCUGAAG